GAAUGGCAGCAUCGUGGUGGACUAUGUGGUCCUGCUGGAGUUGCCCUUCCGCUCCCAGCUGGAGACAAACUAUGAGAUGGUGAAGAUGGUCCUGAAAGGCGAGCUUCAGAAUGUCAGCCAGGAUGUGGACAGCUGCCAGAAAAACCAGAACCUGUGUUUUAAGCCUGACUCCAUCAUGGUGAAAAACGACACCAGCACGGAGCUGACCCCAAAAGCCAUCUGCUAUCGCGCUGCUCCAAAGGGCUAUGAGGAUUACUACUUCCCCUUGGAGGAGGAGAAGCGGCUCCGCUGUGUCAGCAAGUGCACAUCAGACGUGGAAGGCGCCAUCGACUGUAACCAGGGCUGGUGCUUUGUGCAGAAGAGCGGUCCAGAGUGCAGCUGCUUCUCCACGGACACGCACUGGUUCUUGGGCCCACGCUGCGAGGUGGCCAUCCAGUGGAGGGCCCUGGUCGGGGGCCUGGCCGGGGCCGGGGCGCUGCUGCUGCUGCUGCUCCUGGUGGCAGGGACCCACAUCUUCAGGAGGUCGCGGAGGAGGGGCGGCCCAGGCGGAGCCCGGUGAGCACCCUGGGGCGGGGGCUGAGGGCGGCAAAGGUCCUGGGACUACGACAAGAGAUGGUUCGAGGUAUGGGAUGAGGACACCGCGGGGACUUUUUCCAACUCGGGCUUCCAGGAUGACCGACCUUUCAAGGAUGAAAACUUCCAGGUGGCCUUGGAGAAGGUGGACACCAAUGUGAGGGUGCACACC